GACCAUCCCGCCGAGACCUUCCUCCGUCUUUUUCUCGAAACCCCGUCACUGACUGGCAUUUAAGUCGGGCAUCAAGCAACAUCGAGCAACAACAGCAACAACAACAACAGCGACGCGCCACGGACGAGAUCAUUGACCACUAGGCCUCACGCACAAGCCCAAAGCUCUCCCCCCACGCCACCGCAGGUUAUCGUGGGAUCCUUGACGACGGCAGCCAUGACCGACUCGGCUGCUCCGUCGACCUCUUCCUCCUCUGGACGGCUGCACGUCCACCCCCACGGCGUGACCCACCUCGGGCACCCCACGCAAACACAUAGCUCGGCGCUCGAGGCACUGGAAGAGGACGAGCACGACUAUGAGAGCCUGCCGCUCGGAUACGGAUGGGGUACCAACAUGAUCGCGGGCGCCAUGGCUGGCAUCUCGGAGCAUGCUGCCAUCUUCCCCGUGGACUCUAUCAAGACCCGAAUGCAGGUCCUCGCACCCGUCUCGGUGCAGGCUGCCGGUGAGGGUGCCGCUGCCGCUGCCGCUCGGGCACCAGUCACGACGUUCACGCAGCACCUGCGCCUCGCGUCCAUGACUGAGGGCGUCCGCUCGCUCUGGCGCGGAGUCGCGUCCGUCAUCCUCGGCGCCGGUCCCGCCCAUGCCGCCCACUUCGGCAUGUACGAGUUUGUGAGGGAGAUUGCUGGCGGACACGACGAGGGCAUGAAGGGUGUCGCGGGUACUGCGCUCGCGGGUGCCUCGGCCACCAUCACCUCGGACGCUUUGAUGAACCCCUUUGACGUGAUCAAGCAGCGCAUGCAGAUCCAGGGCUCGCCAUUCCGCUCCGUCUGGCAGUGCGCCAAGACGGUGUACCACACCGAGGGCCUGACCGCAUUCUACGUCUCGUACCCCACGACCCUCACCAUGACCGUUCCUUUCACCGCCGUUCAGUUCAGCGUCUACGAGUCGCUCAAGACGCUGUUCAACCCCAGCGGUGGCUACUCGCCUAUCACCCACGUCACUGCUGGUGGUAUUGCCGGUGGUAUCGCGGCCGCCGUCACGACUCCCCUCGACGUCGCCAAGACGCUCCUGCAGACCCGCGGAUCUUCGGCUGACGAGAGGAUACGCAACGCCAGAGGCAUGGGCGAGGCGCUCCGCAUCAUCGUUGAGCGCGACGGAUGGCGUGGUCUGCGCCGCGGCAUGGUCCCCCGCGUCCUCACCGUGGCACCUUCGACCGCGAUUUCAUGGAUGUCGUACGAGUUCUUCAAGGUUCUCAUUCGUCAAGGCGGUCAGCUGCCCGAGACUGGCGCGCCCGCAUGAUGCGACGACCUGUCCACGUAAUAGAAAGCUCCCCCUCGGCGCGAAGGGUAUCGCCGAGUAGGCCCGGCCAAGGGGUCGAGAGGCAUUAGAUGUCCUACACGGUGCCCCCCAAAAGUUCUAGUUCUAGUAUCAUUCAUCAGGCAAGCACGACAUGGCUCGGUCAAUAUCAUACAGUGUAUUUGUAACUGUGCAGAUGCAAGUCACACCACAGGC